AUGCCCCACGCCAAAGAGGGGUUGGGGUCGGGCCUGCCGGUGGUGGGCUCGAUCCUGGCUGCCCGUCGCACCGCGCAGCACGUGGCCUGCCUGCAGGCCACGAGGGCCACCCUGCAGCAGCAGCACAUGCAGUUCACCGCCCGAUGUCUGGUGUGGUGGGUAGCGGGGGUCCUGCUGGCCGUGCUGCAGCGCCUCCUGUGGCCAAGGCUGAGGCAGCCACGCGUGCCACGCCCUGCUGGCCCUGACGUGCCUGAGCGGCCACAGACAGGUCAGUCCAAUCUGAUCCUGUAUGGCGCAGUGUCCCCGCAGCAGGUGUGCGCAGCAAUGAGGUGCGCGUGGCACUACCACAUGCUGAUGGGACUCCACCGGCACCUCCACAGGCCACACACCAAGGUCCUCCCCUCCACCACUGGCCUCCAGCAUCGCCUCGACCCAAGCUCAAUCACCGACAGUGCUCAAGGUCCCGCCGUCUUCAAGUGUUCUGCAGAGAAUUUCAUGCCAUAUGUUGCCGCAGCUCUCUCGCAGACUGCCAUCUUCCCCCCGUCACAACGACUCCUCCCCAUCGCUGCCUCCCCACCUGACAUGCCCCAUCCUCUCCCCGUCCCUUCACCAACACCCAUCUCUCGGCCUCAGGAGUCUCCUCCCCAGACUCCUCCAUCAAAAUUAUCCGGUCACACUCCCCCAUACUCGGACCUUCCCCACCCGAGUCCCACACUCGCCCCGCCUCUCCACCAGACUUUUCCUCCCUCAUGCCGCACUACACACUUUGUCCCAACCAUCCAAGACGUGGCCACCAACACCGGCCUCCCAGGACCUUCAGUCCCCGAUUCCAGCGUCCCCCAAACACCCAUCGUCCCCCACGUUAUCACCACUACAACCCCCGUCCUCCUUACCAACACUGGUCCCCACAUCAACACCAACCUCCUUACCAUUCACGUACACAGUAUCCCCACCGUCCCCCACACCACCCACGGCCCCCACACCAGCAGAAGACACGCACAAACCACUACUACAGAGGCGCCCCUCACAGUGCCAACCCGCCUCGACACUCCGGCCACUGGCACAGCGACGCCCCUUACCGCACCAACACACAGGGCGGCCCGACUCACAGGGAGCCCUGGAACACACAGCGCCAUCCCCGCGCCGGCCCGCACAACACACAAGAAAGCCGGGGACGGCCCAGCCAGAGGAGGAACGCCCCUCGUCCCCCGCGUGAGUGAGGCCGCCUCUCCUCAUACGGCUGCCAUGGCUCCGUAA